CUCCCUCAGGACAGUAGGUCGCUCUAGUCGGUGACAGGUGAAACGAACCAAACCGGUCGUUGUGUCACAAACAUGGCGACUUUCAGUAAAUAUCUAACAGCAAAAAACUCCUGCUUAGCAGGCGGUGGCUUGCUGCUUUUGUACCUGCUAAGACACCGAAGUCAAACGCGUAAAAAACACAGUCUGAAAGGAACUUCCCAACUACUAGUGAACACAGAGAAAGAUGGAAAAAAAGACAAAACAGCCGUGGAUAAGGUUUUCUUUCUUCGAAUGCUUCGAAUUCUUCACAUCAUGGUGCCACGUGUUUUCUGCAUGGAGACUGCUUACCUUCUGCUCAUUGCCGCCAUGUUGGUGGCCAGGACCUAUUGUGACGUGUGGAUGAUCCAAAACGGUACCAUGAUUGAAAGUGCCAUCAUUGGGCGCUCAACUAAAGACUUCAAGAUCUUCUUGUUCAGCUUUAUUAAGUUCAUGCCAGUUAUAGCUCUGGUGAACAACUUCUUGAAGUUGGGCCUAAAUGAGCUAAAGUUGAGGUUCCGUGAGAGGCUCACAAAGAAGCUGUAUGACCAGUACCUGCAAGGUUUCACUUACUACAAAAUGGGAAACUUGGACAACCGAAUUGCCAAUGCAGACCAGUUACUGACACAAGAUGUGGAGAAGUUCUGCAACAGUGUAGUUGAUCUAUACUCCAACCUCAGCAAGCCUCUGUUAGAUAUUUUUCUGUACAUCUUCAAGCUGGCCAGCGCCAUUGGAGCUCAGGGCCCAGCAAUCAUGAUGGCUUACCUGCUGAUCUCAGGCCUGUUCCUGACCAGACUGAGGAGGCCCAUAGGAAAGAUGACAGUGACUGAGCAGCGCUAUGAGGGAGAGUACCGCUAUGUGAACUCGCGCCUCAUCACUAACAGUGAGGAGAUUGCCUUCUAUAAUGGAAACUUGAGGGAAAAGCAGACAAUUCAUUCAACAUUCAAGAAACUUGUGGAUCACCUGCAUAAUUUCAUCUUCUUUCGCUUCUCUAUGGGGUUUGUGGACAGCAUUAUUGCAAAGUAUGUGGCAACAGUGGUGGGCUAUCUGGUGGUCAGCCGUCCCUUUCUCAACCUGUCCGACCCCCGGCACCUGCACAGCACACAUUCUGAGCUGCUGGAGGACUACUACCAGAGUGGCAGGAUGCUCUUGAGAAUGGCUCAGGCCCUGGGUAGGAUUGUAUUGGCUGGACGAGAGAUGACCCGCCUUUCUGGGUUCACAGCUCGAAUCACUGAACUGAUGACAGUUUUAAAGGAGCUCAACACUGGCAAAUAUGAACGCACCAUGGUUUCCUUGCAGGAGAGGGAAACAGAGACUGCAGAGAAAACCGUCCUGGUCCCUGGAAGUGGUCAGAUCAUUAACAGAGACAACAUCAUUAAAUUUGACCAUACUCCACUGGCGACACCAAAUGGAGACCUACUGAUCAGAGACCUCACAUUUGAGGUGAGGUCUGGCACCAAUGUUCUUGUUUGUGGACCUAACGGCUGUGGAAAGAGCUCCUUGUUUAGAGUGCUUGGAGAGCUGUGGCCGUUGUUUGGUGGAAACCUGACUAAGCCUGAGAGAGGAAAACUCUUCUAUGUUCCCCAGAGACCCUACAUGACCCUCGGCUCCCUGAGGGAUCAAGUCAUUUAUCCAGACACUGUUGAAGAGCAACGCAGGAAGGGCAUCUCUGAUCAGGUUUUGAAGGAUUAUCUUGACAACGUUCAGCUUGGUCACAUUCUGGACAGGGAGGGCAGCUGGGAUGUAGUCCAGGAUUGGAUGGAUGUCCUCAGUGGAGGGGAAAAGCAGAGAAUGGCUAUGGCCAGGCUGUUCUACCACAAGCCCCAGUUUGCCAUCCUGGAUGAGUGUACCAGUGCAGUGAGUGUGGAUGUGGAGGACUAUAUCUACAGCCACUGCAGAACGGUGGGCAUUACGUUGUUUACAGUGUCCCACAGAAAGUCCCUAUGGAAACACCAUGAGUACUAUCUCCACAUGGACGGCAGAGGGAACUACGAGUUCAAGCCUAUCACAGAAGAAACUGUGGAGUUUGGCUCCUAAAUGCUAGUCUGUUUGACAACUACAGUCUCAGAUCAACACAGCCCUCCAGCUCUGUCAGCAGCAGAGACCCAUCAACAGCAACAUUUACCUACUGGGGGAAACAUAGACUGAAGUGGUGCAAUUGGUAGCACUGUUGCCAAGCAGCAAGAAGGUCCUGUGUUUGCAUGUUCUCCCUGUGUAUGCCUUGGUUUUCCUCCCUUGGGCAUUGUGCAUCCCUGAUGUUGUGUUCCGUGAUGUGCUUGAUGUUCUUCCACAUACACUGGGGGUUGUUGGUGGUGAAGUGACCCUGGGUUUUCUGGCCAUAUUUGGCUUUGGCCCUCACAAUGCCUGCAGUCAAUCUUUUCCUCACCUCUGAGUGCUGAUGCCAUGUCCUGAACUCAGCGUCCCUAGCUUUCAGCCAGGGUUUCUGGUUUUGGAUAGCAGGUUACUGUCUUGGUGGUGGUAACAUCAUCAGCACACUUGGAGAUGAAGCCAAGAACAGAGAAGGUGUAUUCCUCCAGGUCCAACACACUCAUUAUGUACGGCAGUUGCCUCUUUGAAGAACAGUCCUGGAACAUAGAGAUCCACUUCUUCGUUGGUGUAAUCCACCUCAUCAACAGACGAUAUGCUGGCACCAGCAGGAGGGAGAUGUGGUCAGAACAUGAUGACAUCAGAGCCAGUCUUGUAAACAAAGUGAGCACCUUUCCAUAUGUUCUCUCUUUGUUUGUCUCAAGGAUUUAAAAGUAGCUAAACAACAAAUUUGUUCAAAUCUGGGGAUGUUCAUUUGUUCAGUAACUGUCAGCCAAUCUUUGUGUUAUUUAAAGUACUUAAAAAUUGUAUAAAAAAAGAAAAGAAAGAUUUAAAAACUUUUGUACAAUUAUCAGUAUGAAUUUAGGGGGGAAAAAAGACUUGUCCAGAAAUAUUUUUUUUCUGCAGUUUUUUUGAUAACUUUGUCACUUGGUAUAUUUGUAGAUUUUUCAAAGGAAUUUGAGACUAAAUCAUAAAAUUCUUUGUCAACUCAACAGACCCUCUAGUGAAAGGCUAAGUUCCAAAUUUUCUAAAACUUUGGAAUUUAGAAGUCAACCAUAAAACUCAAAAAUGCAAAGAGCUUAAACUAACAGUAACAUAACUUUGAUACAAGCAAUGAGACUGUGCUUAUGUCUUUUAUGUAAACAAGUCUUAUUUAAUUCUAAAAAGUUAUGAGAAAAUGUUUAAGGUUAAAACAGGAAGCCAUCAAAGGAUGAUUUGUGAUGUAAGGAAGCAAUCAUUACAAAUAUCAGUAUUGAUGAAUAAUGAUGAUUGUGUUGAAAUGGAAGGCAGCGUCAGGAAAUGAUUCAUGUGUUGCACAAAGCAGAAGCUCACUGACUCAGAGGGAAAUGGAGCAACGAACGGAGAGCAAGUCAAGAUGAGUUCAUCGAAGACGUUUACGUGAUGAAGACAACUGUGAUAUUUUGCAAGGAUGUGCAGACAAGUGUGACGGAACAAAAAGACAAUGGAUGAAUGCAUGUUAGUUUUAUAGGAAAUAAAAGGUUAAAUGAAUUUGUGAUCUAAUAACAAAAAGUCAUCUCUGUGGUCCUGCCACUGCCAUCAUCACCACUUCAGGGAUGUCCUGAUGUUGGCAGGAUAGUGGCUGUUCAUUAAUGAUGAAAAUAUGAAGCUGUGAAAUAUUUAAGGAUGUUUAAGAUCCAAGCCAGAAUGCCAGUUAGGAUCAUCUAAACAGACAUUUCAAGGCUAAAU